UGUACUCCUCGACCGUUAACGGGGUGGCGCUGGAAAGAUAAGCGCUGAGAAAUGACUAACGGGUUGGUAAUAAUAACCUGCAGCAUCAUCCAUGUGAUGCACAUAGAUCAAAUCCGUUUUCUCGUUAUUUUAUUUUCCCAAGACAUUUAUUAAUCUUUAUUUAUUUAUUUGUAUGUAAUUUAUUGUAUAUUAGCGGCUUAAGUGUGUGUGCGUAUGUGCGUAAAUACUCAGAAGCUGAAGAAGCAGCUGGCCGGUUACGCCCACCCACAGCAAGCCUUCAAAGUAAAGCCGGAGGGUUGAGACGGCAAACGAGAGGAUAAAGAAGGAGAGAUCCCGGAAACAAUCGUCCAACAACUGGACAAACGCACCGACAUUUCAGCUUCGGGUUGGGACUCUGAAUGAGCUGAAUGGAUAAGUUAAGGGAAUUCAAAGGGAAGAUCCUUUUCUUACUUGUUUUUGUUACUUUGUUCAUCAUCAUCUUCUUCAUUAACAAGUUACCCAGGACUAAUUCGUCUGUCCCACCACCACGUGGGCCUCCAGCCACUUGCCCCUUCUCAGUCUCUAAGAACACCAUCACUCCACUCAAUAAUACAAAGCACUUGCUGGUGUCAGCCUUCAUGGACCAGAGAGAGAAGGGUUUUGACGUACGCAUCAUUGGGAUAUUUAAGAGGGACUCCAUCCAACCACUUCACUGUUUCUUCUGCUGUGCAGGCCGGUUAAGUAAGGAAACCACUCCGUCGAAAAUUUUACAGCACUCGGACAACUUUGGUUUUCCCUACACCACGACGGAUGUCCUGUGUCGGAUUCCUCAAUACUGUGACGCUUCAUAUGUCACUCUUCUCACUCAACCAGAGAAGGAUACUACAACUAAGCAUACCUGGCUUCCCAUAAGAAACAAGAAUGAGAAAAAGCUGCAGUUCCACUUCACAGUCUGCAUCUCCACCCUGUUUAACAACUACAACAACGUGCUUCAGUUCGCACAGACUCUGGAAAUGUACAGGUUGCUGGGUGUCAACAGAGUGGUCAUCUACAACACGAGCUGCGGCUCAGAGCUCGACCGACUGUUGCAGAGUUACAGCGAGGAGGGCUUCGUGGAAAUGGUUCCCUGGCCCAUCGACAAGCAUCUAAAACCAUCUCCUGGCUGGCGCUUCUCAGAGUAUGGGGGGGAUUUGCACUACUAUGGCCAGUUAACCACCCUGAACGAGUGCAUUUACAGAUCCAUGGAGCGUUCGCGCUACGUCCUGCUGAACGACAUAGAUGAGAUUAUAAUGCCAUACCAGCACAAUGAUCUGAUGUCUGUGAUGAACACGCUAGAGCAGCAGUACCCACACGCGGGGGUGUUCCAGAUUGAGAACCACAUCUUCCCCAAGAAGCACUUUGAGCCACAAGGGAAAUUUAACCUGCCUCAGUGGAAUGGUGUGCCGGGAGUCAACAUUUUGGAGCACAUCUACAGGGAGGAACCACAAAGAAAUAUUUACCACCCGUACAAGAUGAUAGUUAAGCCAAAGAUGAUAGAGCAGACCUCUGUGCACGACGUGCUCAAGAAUUAUGGACAGCGCAACAUUGUCUCACCACAACUUUGUCGGAUAAUUCACGUCCGCGUUGCCCUCCAGGGUUCAUUAACGAUGGAGCAGCUUCACGAGGACAAACGACUGUGGGACUUCAGUAAAAAACUGAUUCCCAAUGUGGACAAGGCUCUGAAGAGAGUGGGGAUGCUGAGCAACAGUCACACUUAGCCUGGUCGUGACAGUACACAGUAGAGUCCAAGCAGCUGAACGUGGCUCUGAGGGCACAGUACUCCCAUCAGGAGGAGCAGAUGACCGCGCUUGGCCAGGGAGUCAAAGGUCUCGGUCAUAGCCAAGAAGACUUCAAAGCUACCGUUAAUGCCCAGAUGGAGCUUCUCGCUGAGCAGAUGCAGCGGAUUCUCAGUCGCCCUGAGAAGUCAGGUACAGCCCCCGCUGCAGCGGAGCUUCCACUCGUUCCCACCGUACCCUACACCGGAGCGGGGCCCGGGUUGGCAUCACCUGAGCGAUUCUCGGGAGACCUGGGACAAUGUAAAUCAUUCCUAAUAGACUGUGAAAUGUAUUAUGAACUGCCACUUCACGCACACCGUUCAAAGGAAGCUGCUGCCUCUGGAUCUGCCAUUGGACCUGGAUUCCCUCAUCGCCCUCGCACUCCGAACAGAUAACCGUCUUCGUUAAUUCCAGGUUCUCCAGGGAGUGCAUCAGCAGUUCCCAGACCCCUGCUUUCCACGGGUCUGUUCCCUCAUGAUCAUCGCCAGACCAGCCCCGUCCUUCUCCUCCUGCUGGAGGUGAGGAACCCAUGCAGCUGAGCAGGGCCCAGCUCACUCAGGCAGAAUGACAAGGCAGCCUCAAGGAGGGACGGUGCUUCUACUGCAGGGAAUCCGGACAUCUUGUAGCCGUCUGUCCGGCCAAGGAAGCUAAGCCCAAGAGCCAGUCCACAGCAUCAAGUUCCGUUCCACGUAGCUGGACCUCCUUCUAGGUAAAAUACGACACCACAGUCAUUGAAUUGGAUGCUGUAAUUGACUCUGGGGCUGAUGAAUGCGUAAUGGACUGGGAGAUAGCCAAAGAGCUGGGGUUGGAAUUGGAAACUCUUCCUCAACCCAUCAAUACUAGGGCCUUGAAUGGUACUGCUGUGUUCACCUUCACACACGCCCUGACAUUAGAUAACCACACUGAGCUGCAUGUUUCACUCACCUGCUUGCACCCUGGUUCUGGAACAUCUGUGGCUCGUCAGCCACAACCCCCACAUAGACUGGCCUACGGGCAAGAUCCUGGGCUGGGGGAAUGACUGUGAGGGGAGGUACCUGAGGGACAAGCCUCAGGGACAAACCACCACGAAUAUAAACGCUGUUUCUGCUCACCCUGUCACAAAGUCCCAGUAUCAGGUUCUGACCUCUGUACCCUCCUGCUGCCACCAUCAACAAUUUUUCUACCUCAGUAUUUUAUUCUGUUGUAUUUUAUUGUAUUCAAGUACUAGACUGCUAUGAUAAGCAAAUUUCCCUUUGGGGAUGAAUAUCUAUCUAUUUAUCUGUCUAUCUAUUAUUUCUUCCACUGUAUCGAAUGCAUGACUGCGCCAUCACGCUCAUUCCCGGUUCCACCAUUCCCAAGGGGCGCCUGUACUUGGUGUCAGGGCCCGAGCGUCAAGCCAUGAAGGACUACAUUGAGUCGUCCCUGAAGGCGGGGCUCAUCCACCCGUUUUCAUCACCUGCUGGAGCUGGAUUUUUCUUUGUGAGCAAAAAGGACGGGUCCUUAAGACCCUGUAUUGACUACAGCCCUCUCAAUGACAUCACUAUAAAGAAUCGCUAUCUGCUCCCUUUAAUGUCGUCUGUGUUUGAUCAGCUUCAGCAGGCCAUGGUAUUCACUAGGCUAGAUUUAUGCAACGCUUGCCAUCAUGUUCGGAUUAGGGAGGGGGAUGAGGCAUGUUCAGUCUAUGCUCGCAGCAAGGCGUCCUCUGGAUUAUGCAUGGGUUUCCUGCAACCUCUGCCCAUCUCCUCCAGACCGUGGUCGGACAUAUCGUAGACUUCGUCACGGGGCUCCCGGUUUCGGAAGGCAACACGACGGUCCUGACCGUGGUGGAUUGUUUUUCUAAGAUGGCAUAUUUCAUUGCCUUGCCUAAACUGCCCUCAGCUAAAGAAACUGCUCAAAUUAUGAUGCAAAAUACCUUCAGAAUCCAUGGAAUUCCCAAAGACAUUGUGUCAGACCGGGGGCCCCAGCUCAUCUCUGGGUUCUGGAGGGAGUUCUGUCGGCUCACCGGCGCCACAGCAAGUCUGAUGUCAGGUUAUCACCCGGAGGCCUUACAUGCCUUGUGUCUCAGAACCCGACCUCGUGGAGCACCCACCUGGCCUGGGUGGAAUAUGCCCACAGUUCAAUGCCUAGCUCUGCCACAGGUGUCUCCCUCUUCCAGUGUGUUUUUGGUUACCAGCCUCCUGUGUUUGCUGGCAUGGAGCAUGAAGUGUCUGUUCCCUCCACUCACGCCCUGGUUCGCUGCUGCCGCCACAUCUGGGCCACUGCCUGUCAAGUGCUCAUCCGUCAGAGGGACAGAGUUCUUCACCUCUAAGAAGCUGGCACUACGGUUCAUGGGUCUUUUCCCCAUCACCAAAGUCGUCCAGCGGCCAUUCGUCUGCGUCUGGCCAGAUCCCUCCGUGUCCAUCCCAUGUUAGUGUUACACCACAGUCACUUGCCCUUCCUCAUGUGUCACCAGUCUAAUUGUCUUCCCUGAUUCCCGAUUACUUCCACCUGUUGCCCAUUACCUCAAAUAGUCUGUGUCUCCCUUUGUCUUGUGCCAGAGUGGUCGUCCUUGUCUUUAUAUGUUCACCACAGCCUUGACCAUGAUCGUUAUUUGGAUUUUGUUCUGUUUCUUAAUAAAGACUGUUAUCAAAGAAAACUAACCCUUUCAUCUGCAUCCUGAGUCCUAGCCUGGUGGUGACAGUAACAGUUGAUGGAUGGUUGGAGCAGAUACCGAGGUGGACACACUUUGAACGUGUCUGACAGUGACUAUGCACUCCUCAGCAAAAGGGAUAUGUGAUUUCCUCUUAGCCUUUGUGUUCAGUGUUUUCUCUACUUUGAAAUCAGUGCAGCUCACUUGUUAAGACCACAAGUGGGAGGGGUUCAUUUGCUCCUUUCUUGGUAAACACAGCCUUAUUUGAAGUGAUUGUUUUUACUUUUUUUUUUUAUUUAUUUAAACCAAAGUAAUUUGCACCUAAAAUAAUGAACAACUUGCUGAUCCCAUGGUGGUACAAAAUUUGUUAGGUUUCCAAAUCAUCAGGAUCAAGAGCUUGGGUGUUUUUCUAGGUUUUCAUAGAAAAUAUAAUAGAACUAAUACAAUUGCAGUGAACAAUGAAGUAAAGCCCUCGAUGAACCAAGCCAUUUAUUUGUACAGAUCGUACCCAUUGUUAAAAUAUUUUCUGUACUUUCCAAAGGAUUUCCACCUUUUGAAUUGUGUUUCCAUUUGGAAGUUUUUAAUGCGUUAACGACAUUCCUGUGGAGGUGUAUCUUCAACACGUGACUAUGAAGCAGACGCUGUGUAUUUGAAUUAUAUUUAUUUUUUAUUUGAAUGCUAUGUAAACAUGCCAAAGUGGCUUCAAAAGCAGAAUGUAUAAUGCGCCAUGAGCUCCUUACCAUAGACUUCCUGACGUAUUGUCCAUAAUGUGGCUGAGCUGAAGCGCCACUGCAAGGAGGAGUGAUGCACAAGAUCCACAGCUACUCCAGAGAGCACUGAAUCCAAGGGCCCUCUUGCUUUUUCCACCAGCACUACAAUUAUUUGAUGAGUGUGUUCAGAUAAAAUGGAUUAUAAUUGCUUGUGCACUGGGAGCUUAAGUGCACUCUGUCCGGUUCUAAUUGUGUCUUAGAAGAUGGAGAUGACAUGACAGUUUUUAUUAUGCAAAAAGUCUAGUCUUCCACUGGGCAGCCCAGGGGACAGAUUUUGUUGUUUUUGGUUUGGUUUUGGUUCAUUUAUGAGCCUUUUUGAGACUGCACAGAAGACAAGCACUAAGAGAAAAUUAAGAAAUGAAAGGAUUGUUGACAACAGCAAGAUCAAAAAAUGUCGGGUCAUUGUUAAAUAAUAAAUUAAAUAAUAAAAAUCCCUCCCAUA